CAUCGCAGUCUCUCUCUCGCUCUGGUCAGUUGGUCUCGCGCGCAGCAGCAGUUCACUCGCUCACUCAAGCCGUGCUGCGGUCCGGUGUCAGAGGCAACACUGAUGGAGACACUUCACACGGUCACCGUGGACCGAGAGGACACCGGACCGUUCAAAAAGCCGCUGAAAGAGGCCAAAGAGCACCGCAAUAGUGACGAGCACAGCGAAACAAACUAUGUAGACCUGGGCAAUCCGUCGGACAUGAAGUCAGACAGCACAAAGACAGUGAAAGUCACUUUCACAGGUGAAGGGAACCAGCUGGCCAUAUUCAAAUGUAAAGGAGAUGUGUCCAUCUCUGGGACUAAGAGUCCCGGGGAGCAAGAGGGGAAUGAAAAUGCAGAUAAAACCUCAUCGAAAGAGGGGAAGAGUCUUUCAGAGAGCCCCCACGAAGAGCGCGCUCCGCUGACAGAUGACUCUGUGGACGCAGGAGAGGAUGUAAAAAGUGAAAUUCCCAAAACUCCGUCGUAUGAAACGGAAGAGCUGGAGUACACCGACAUGUACUUGAACAGCCGCUGCGAGUCUAAAGCCAGCCCGAGCGCGGCGGACGUGGAGUCCCACUAUAUAACCACGCACGAGAUUCAGCUGACGGAGUUGGACCACGAUGUGGAUUACGAGUUUGGUCGCGGAUCCUGCUGGGAUUUCGAGGAUGAUAAUCUGGUGUAUUCGUUUGUUGACUACGCAUCAUUUGACAGCGACGAGACGACUCUCGGGAGAAUCCAAAGCAAGUCCAGGAGCAGUAAAAUUCCGCUCACUUCACGCGCGGCCAAGCUUUGCGCCACAGGUGCUCUGGUCAGCACCGAAAGUGAACUUUGUGAAUCCGAUAAAUGUGCCAGCUCGGAUGAGGGCGCUGGACAGCUUGGAAAUUCAGCAGGACAUAUUCACCUGUCAAUCAAAACGUCUUCGCGUGCCGUCAACGAGCCCGCCGCCAAUGUCCUGGGACAGAGGAAUGUGCGCUUUCACACCAGACGCGCAGGCGAGCGGAGUCAUUAUUCAUUCAGAAGCUCGGACUCCAAAAGCGAGACCCUGUUUGACCGCUACUUUAUCCCACCCCCCGGCCGGCAGCACCUCGCCAGCAAGCUGAGGGGGAAGGACAUUAACGAAUAUUCCAGUGGCGCGUCCAGUUCCGUCAGCGAGCUGGAUGACGCUGAUAAAGAGGUGCGUAAUCUCACCGCGCGUUCCUUCCGGAGUUUGGCGUGCCCGUACUUUGAUGCCAUUAAUUUGAGCAGCUCGAGUGAGUCCUCAAUGUCAGAACACGGACUGAGUAUUAACAAAUGGUCAGCUUUCGUCGACUUAAAUUACGGUAGUUUGACACGUGAGCAGCACAAGAACUCUACGCCCGUUUAUGAGGGAAAUAAAAGCGCCGAGUCCGCAACUAUAAAAGACGCGGUUCAAAGCAGCACAUCCAGUCCUCAAACUAAAAUAGUGUCGAUGAAAAACAGCUUGAACUCACAACAGACGUCCAAGAAAAUAGAGAUACGAAGCAAACCGGGUGAAACCAUCACACAGACUGAAACCUUGAACUUCAGCUGUAAUGUAGGAGCUGGCAUACCUGCGCGAGAGAGGCGCGCGAAACGCGCACUGCAUGCCAUGAUGUCACGUUCCACAGCAGAGGUUAUGAGUAAAGCUGAGUGUGAAGCAGAAAAUCUGCUAGAUGAAAGCUUGGAAGAAUCCCAGAAGAAAGCCAUCUUCGCCUCAAGUCUUUUGAAAAAUGUGAUUUCCAAGAAAAUGCAGUUUGAGCAAGAACGUAAAAUGGAAAGAGGUGAAAUAAGAGACAAAUACCCUGCAUGCCCUCAUGCUAAAGAUUGUAAAGAGUUUAAGGGCUUAGAAAGACAGACUUCUGAAACAUCAGCACACUCCCAAGAGGAUAUCAGGGAUGUGACAGACCAGCCACAAGAGACUCCAUGUUCCCAUGCCGCAGAAAUCACAGAGUCACUCGCUGACCCUGAAAUGUCCAGUAGAUUAGAUCCAAGUGAACCACUGAAGACCCCCAGUCAAAGGAGUGCUUUCAAAACCUGGAAAGAUGGAGAGCAGGAAGCACAAGGUAAUGGAGAAUCUCAAUGCACACAGGAGGAGGAGACGCUGCCAGACACCUCAAUUAGACCUGUGAUGGAAAGCAGCGAAAGUGUUGAGGGCGAGAGUAGGAUGAUUAAGAUGUCUCACUUGUAUGUCCCUAGCUCACAGCUUAUGCCUAAGGAAAAGGAAGCAGCCGGGCUUUCAUUACAUAAUCUGAAAGUGACUGGAGAUCUUGCAGAGUCAGACGGGGGAGGGUGUGGAAAACUGAGCUCUGGCCAGCUCCAUUGCUUUGCAGACACAGACCAAACCUCACAGUGCCAAAAAGCACCCGAAAUCAAAAUACACCUUCGAAGUGUCAAAGAAAACAAAAGCGAUCCGCUCAACAUCACCAGUCUGUUAACACCGAACAUCAAUCAUGCCAAAAAGGCCACGAGUGAAUCUAAAAGCCAUUCAUUGACCAUAUCAGACAAAGUCCCGCAUUUUAUGGUGAGGGAUAUUAGAGAUAGUAAAUGUAAGUUUCAAACACCUAUUCAUCAGGUUAGAGAUGUGCGCAAACUGGUAAAAAGUUCCUAUCGGUUUGUUGCGCUUGAAAAUGCUUGUGGUUCAUCCACAUCAUUACGAGAGGAGAGCAAACCUGUCAAUAGAGGAUCUGACAAGAAACCAUUUCCCACAGCUAUGGUGAUAAAAUGCCAGUCUGUAAACACAAACCCUGCCACAAAACCCGAAGGUGUGGCCGAAACAUCAAGAUUAUCCCCAAAUCACUCGUCAGAGUGGGCUACUAAAAGUGAACCCAUUCGCACAGCACCCAGAGUGCUGUACACUAAGCCUGUGACUGAACAACCAGAGUUUAACCUAAAAAUAGAUGCGAAAUCAUCAAAACACAAAGCAGAAAAGGCAACAGAAGGUGGUGAGAAGAAGCCAGAGUCGAAGGUUUCGAACCAAAUAGCCCUUGAAAAGUUAAAGGCAGCUGUGAAAACAAUGGAGCAACUGUACGUUUUUGACAGGAAUGAAUGGAAGCGCAAAACGCAAGCGCCGAGACCAGUCACGGACAGCCACGUGCUGUCGCUCAUCACACGAGAGGAGCAAGGGGUCAUGACCAAAACAGACUUUGAGAGCGAAUAUGGGAAAGCGGACACUAGUAUUGAGCUGCCCUCUGAAAAGCUCAUCACAGCUUCUAGCGCAGGUGUCGAUGAGGAGAAAGUGUGUGUGCCAGGAGGUUCUCACGGUCAGGAAGAUUCUUUCAGUGAAAAGUGUAACUUCAGAGCUCCAACCUGUGUAAAUACAGCCAACGAUAGCACUCAGAAGAUGUUUUCUAGCAGAAACUAUACCCUGAAAACUCACAAAUCACCUUUGUCUUUGAAAAUAUGUCAAAAAGGUGAAGAAAAGCACCAGAAAGAUCAGCAGCAGCCAGACUCUGACAAUUAUCUAACCAUCCCCAUUAAAGCUCAUCCUUUAGAGUCAAAACCCUCACUUGCAUCGGGCUGCACUAUGUCUCACCUAAAUACCUCCCACCAUCAGCCUGUGCAGCGCUCGCCGAUCAUAAUGGAGUCUUGGUCCCCUGACAGCCCUACAGCUAUGAUAUAUCAUCACGCUGUGCCCGUGCCAAAUGUACCUGCUGUUCAACCCCAGCUGCUCUGCCUUACGCCCCCUGCAGACGUCCCACAUCCUCACAUCCAGCGCAAGCUGCUGCUUGACCCCACCACGGGCCAGUAUUACCUAGUGGACACCCCUGUUCCGAUGCAGCCCGCCGCCCAGAGGUUUUACCAUCCUGAGAGUGGCCAGUACUUGGACAUUCCUUUAUCACUCACUCCAGUGCCAGUGUCAGUGUCACCGGUCGCCCUCGGUCCUGCAGCCUAUCCCCCAACUUACUUGGUCUACCCUUCGACCUUUCUGCCUGCACACCCGGCCCCCCAGUCACACUCAUCCACCUGCUCGGAGGGCGAGGAUGCAGUGGAGACGGGCAGCAUGUAUCUGAUCCCACCGAGCAGCACAGCACCCAGCAGCACCACCAAACCGGUCAUCAGUAUCACAUCACAGCAAGGUGCCCGUAUUGUUGCUCCUCCCUCCUUUGAUGGCACAACAAUGAGCUUCGUGGUGGAGCAUCGAUAACGGAAGGAGGAUCCCUGUCAAAGUGUGUUCGCCAACCACUUCAUCAAAAAAAAAAACCAGACAUGUUUCACAGUUUCCCACAUCUGUCUUCAUCAAUUCCUACAUGGUGUUGCCUCCUGAUUUGAGACUUUUGCAAUGCUCAAAAGCUAGACAAACUGUUUAAAGCAGUUUUUAUAAACUUGUGCAACAAAUUAAUAUGAGGCAACCGUUUUUUUUUUUUUUUUUGCCCAUCCAGCUGUCUUGAAGCAUCGCAUAAUUAAAAGAAAUCUUUGCUUGUUCCGUUUUCAUGUUGUUGUAUAAAGUGUCUGUAUUUUUACAUUUUUAUGGACUCCUUUUUACCUACCUAUAGGUAUAAUGUCAAGUUCUGAUUGAGUAACGCAUGGCUUGUGUGAACGAGAGAGAAACAGAGAAAUGUGAUGUGGUGACUGUUGCGUAUGAGAGAAAAAGCGAGUGUCUGUUUUCUCUCACUGUGAUGAGAAUUAUGAUUAUAGUGAUGGAUCAUCGAGGAGUUCUGUAUAGUUUCAAUGUAUAAUAAUGAUAAUCAUGCUGUUUUUACUGAACUGAAAACAUGUACCUUUGAGAAAGAUUUCAUUUUUCGUCUCAGUCCUUAUGUUGAUGACCAUUACCUCAGUUUGCAGUGCAGGCAUGUUGCUGUCUUAUGGGAUUUUGCCUUCACAGUAUUAUACUCAUUUGCUUUGUUCAGUUUUACCCUUACUUUACAUCAUCUGUCUUCCCUGUUCAUUUUCUUUUUGUCCUUUUUUUGUAAUAUCGAUUAUAUAUUAAAGGUAUAUGGAUCUGCAGGCCAAUCUAUGUACCAAUUUUAAAUGGAA